AUGGGCCUUUUAUCUCUAGGAACUCCCCUCCCUUGGGCUGAAGCUCAGCCACUCGCUUCUUUUGUUCGUGACGAAGGAAUCGAACAACUCAUCAACAUCUACUCCCGCUGUAAAGACAAACAAGGCGAUGUCCUGCUCUGGGGUGAUGAGCUCGAGUACAUGGUAGUCUCCUUAGACAAGUCCGCUAAAACUGCCCGCUUAUCUCUCAGACAAGCUGAAAUUCUUGAACAACUUGCCCAAAAGGAAGCCCAAGGAUCCCUCGGCCCUGUCACGUAUCACCCGGAAUACGGCCGCUUCAUGCUGGAGGCCACACCAGCUGCCCCCUUCACAGGCGCUCCUACAGACCUCCUCAAUGUCCAACCUAACAUGCAACUCCGGCGCUCCAUUGCUCGCAAAAAUCUCUUGCCCAACGAGGUCCCGCUUACCGUCACCUCAUACCCGCGUUUGGGUGUCGUCAACUCUCCCUUUACCGAGCCAUUUUACCCACCCAACGGCCCUGCCGCACGCUCUGACUUUCUCCCCGAUGAGGUCAUCAACCCCCAUGCUCGAUUCCCAACCCUCACUGCAAACAUCCGCACCCGCCGUGGGUCCAAAGUCUCCAUUGACGUCCCCAUUUUCGUCGACUCCCAAACACCAAGACCCUUUGUGGACCAUGGCCCGGAGAAUUAUAUCCACAUGGACGCCAUGGGCUUUGGAAUGGGCUGCUGUUGCCUUCAGUUGACAUUCCAAGCCACAAACAUCACCGAAGCACGAACCUUGUACGACCAGCUGGCCCCUUUGGCCCCCCUUAUGCUGGCCCUCACUGCAGCCUCCCCAGCUUACCGAGGCUACCUCAGCGACCAAGAUACCCGCUGGAAUGUCAUUUCCGGAGCCGUCGACGACCGCACGCCUUGGGAACGCGGGUUGGUACCUCCCCCAGAGGGUUUCACCACUGAUAACUCGGAUGUGGUUAUCCCAAAGUCCCGCUACGACUCAGUAGACUCGUACCUGGCCCAAGAUCCAGUUUUGCUUGCUGACGAAGCCCAUUACAAUGAUACAAAGCUUGUCGUCAACAAGCGUGCUCUCAAGCGUCUCGACGAUGCCGGCUUUGAUCCUCUCCUGGCCCAGCACUUUGCUCAUCUCUUUAUCCGUGACCCUAUUGUCAUUUUCCGUGAGCUGCUUCACCAGGACAAUUCCACCAGUGCAGACCACUUUGAAAACAUUCAGUCCACCAAUUGGCAGACUCUUCGAUUUAAACCCCCACCCCCAGGAUCCGACAUUGGCUGGCGCGUCGAGUUCCGGCCCAUGGAGGUCCAGGCCACUGAUUUUGAAAACGCUGCUUUCACAGUCUUUAUUGUCCUACUCACUCGCGUCAUUCUUUCCUAUAAACUCAACUUUUACAUGCCCAUUUCCAAGGUGGACGAAAACAUGCGAGUGGCUCAUCACCGUGAUGCUGUCCUUAAUGAGACCUUUUGGUUCCGCAAAAACGUCCAGCGUGAUAGUCCCAAGGAAUACACAAAGCUUUCGCUGGAUGCUUUGGUCAAUGGCUCCGAUGAAUUCCCUGGGUUUAUCCCGUUGAUUCGCCGCUUUUUGGCAGCUACCAGCGUCGACCUUGACACGCUGUGUGAGCUCAGCAAGUACCUUUCUUUGGUCUCAAAGAGGGCCUCCGGUGCCUUGCCCACCAAUGCCUCAUGGAUCCGUCAAUUCGUGACCUCCCACGAGGAUUACAAACAAGACUCAGCGAUUUCAGAGUCGGUCAACUAUGCGCUGAUGUCGGAGCUGGAUCGUUUGACUCAAGCCGACACGCCGCCCGGUGGCACGUGA